AGUAAAACAGCAGCAAGAGGAUUAUUGUCUGGCUUGACGACAUCUGACAGAUUGUCUGCUAGGAUUGCUGAAUUGGAGGCUGAGUUAAAAGCUGCUAAAACUAACCAGGGGAAUGCGGAGGUCAGGUCCAGUUCUUCAGGUUUGGGCUCUCUCGGGGUGUAUCGUCAACAUGUUUGUGCUGCCUGCUUGAAGCCAAGUUACGCUUGUGUGACAUUAGAGGGGAGCAGCGUGGAUCCAGAAGACUACAUCGGUCUCUUCCCAGAAUCCUCAUCAUCUUCUAGUGCAAGGUUGUUGAGCAGCUCCAAGUCGAACUCUGGUACUCAUUCCCACGGGCCUGCGGUGUCCGAGGUUUCGUCAUUUGUCAGCGAGAAGGCAAGAGGCAAAGAGUAUGCCCCUCCUAAUAUGCUCGUAUCCAGCACGGCCGCACCAGCCCCGCCUCCCCCUCCCCCUCCUCCCCCACCCCCACCCCCACCCUAUUUUAUGCCUGUGAUUCGAAGGUUGAAGACAGAUGUUCAGACAAAGGAUCAGGUCAUGAAGAAAAUGAGGGCGGUCGGCGGGACUCUGUUGCCUGAGGUCACUGUUGAGGCUCUGAGGAGCGUGAAGCUGAAGAGGACAGGCGGCCCCGACCUGAGGUCAAGAAUCAACGAGGACGGAAACCUCUCUGCCAAGCCGCUUGCGCCCAGCAAUCAGCCUGUAGUCACUCUGGCAGCGCUACAGCGUGUGUCGCUGAGGAAAACAUCGCACGUCGUCAAGAGUCACGGUGACUGCGUUGAAGAUGACGUGAGUCGGAAGGAGAAUGAGAACUCUGGUGACGGUACCAUGGUCGACAUCCGCAAAGUUCUCAAACGAACAACCCUACAAAGGAGUCCUGGAGGUACUCCCAUGACAAGCAAGAGGACCAGAUGUUAGUCCGGACAGGGGUACAAGGGAACAAAUGCUUCAUUGUCAUAGAUUUCUGACCCAAGCCUAAUGGAGCAUCCCAGCCUUUAUAGACUGGACGAAACGGACAACUGGACUCCCAACUGGCCGUACCGAUGACGCACAGAGGUAUUGCUUACCUGUCUGCUGGACGUACAAACGACACAGAGACAUCGCUUACCGGUCUACUGGCAGUAGGAGUUAUACAGAGACACCUAUCAGCUGUCUGCUGGCAGUAGGAGUGAUACAGAGACAUGGCUUACUGGUCUACGGGCAGUAGAAGUUAUACAGAGACAUUGCUUACUGGUCUACUGGCAGUAGGAGUGAUACAGAGACAUCGCUUACCGGUCUACUGGCAGUAGGAGUGAUACAGAGACAUCUAUCAGUCUGCUGGCAGUAGGAGUGAUGAUACAGAGACAUCUGUUAGCUGUCUGCUGGCAGAAAAAGUGAUUCUAAGACAUCUAUUAUUAGCUGUCUACUGGCAGUAAGUGUGAUGCAACAGGGAUAGUUAUGAGCUGUGUACUGCCAGUAGGAGCUAUACAGAGACAUCUAUUAGCUGUCUGCUGGAAAUAAGAGUGAUACAGAGACAUCUAGUAGCUGUCUGCUGGAAAUAAGAGUGAUACAGAGACAUGUAUUAGCUGUCUGCUGGCAGAAGUGAUUCAAAGACAUCUAUUACAUAGCUGUCUACUGGCUUAGGAGUAAUUCAAAGACAACUAUUAGCUGUCUACUGGCUUUAGGAGUGAUACAGAGAUAUCAUUUACAGGUCUACUGGCUGUAGAAGUGACACAGAGAGGCAUCAUUCACAGGUCUACUGAACGUACAAGCGACACACAGAGAAUCAUAUUCCGUCUUGGUCUAGAACUAGGUUUCCGUGUUGAUUCACUUCUUUCCAAUGGAUGUUGGUCUGGGCAUCUGUGGAUGUGGGCGUUUUUGUAGAUGAUAUUGAUACCCUUCUCUGAGCAGAAGGCUGGAGGUUGCCACUUCCGGGUCCCACAUUUUGUCUUUCAUUCUGUGUUUUGUUAUGUUUAUUUAUUUUGUCUUUCCCUUGCCAUAAAUUAUGAUUAUUUAUUGUGCCAAUGUGUUUUUCUUUGCUUUAAUUAAUAAAUUUCAUGUGUAUUUGAA